AUGGCCCCCCCGUCGGGAAAUCACCAUCGACGGCGGAGCUCCGUGCUGACGGGCGCUGGAGGCCCGUCACAGCCGCCCGCGACCGACCAAAGGGAUGAGCAUUCCCGAACCCCCACCGCCGAUGCUCCCAGUUAUAAUAAGCGGGAGGACCUGAAGCCUGGCGGCCCCGAGGACCUCGAUGCCUCCGACCUUUCGUCCAUUGCUGAGAGCGUCGAGAUGGAUUUCAUCAGCUCCGACGACGACCUGCACGACGACGAGGAGACCGGCCUCACGGCCAAGCAGAAACGCCAGCGCCGCCGCAGAAGAAAGCAGCGCCGACAAUUGGAUGCUCGUAUCGCCGACGUCAAGGCCUCCCAUCACAAUCUCUUCACGGCCGCCUUUGGGGAUAACGACGUGACCAAGAAGCUGCUGGUCAACGCCGGCUUGAUCCUGCUGUGGUAUUUCUUUUCGCUGGCGAUCUCGAUCUACAAUAAAUGGAUGUUUUCCGAAGAUGAAGUCGUGUUUCCCUUCCCGUUGUUCACCACCAGCUUGCAUAUGCUCGUCCAGUUCACCCUGUCCUCCCUCCUCCUAUACUUGAUUCCGUCGCUGCGUCCGCAGGCCACCCCUGCGCAGUCGCCGUCCAACUCCCCCAUCGGGCAGCCUGAGGACGCCGAGUCGAAACCUCCGCUGUUUACCAAGCUCUUCUAUCUCACUCGCCUGGUUCCCUGCGGCACGGCGACCUCCCUUGAUAUUGGAUUGGGCAAUAUGUCGUUGAAAUUCAUCUCCCUCACCUUCCUCACCAUGUGCAAAUCCUCCGCCCUGGCUUUCGUGCUCAUCUUCGCCUUCCUGUUCCGCCUCGAGACGCCGUCCGUGAAGUUGAUCGUGAUCAUCGCGACGAUGACCGUGGGUGUGGUGAUGAUGGUCGCCGGAGAGACGGCAUUCAAUAUGGUCGGCUUCCUUCUGGUCAUCGCGUCGGCCUUCUUCUCGGGCUUCCGAUGGGGCCUCACCCAGAUUCUUCUGUUGCGGCAUCCGGCCACCGCCAACCCUUUCUCGACCCUCUUUUUCCUGACCCCCAUCAUGUUUAUCUCCCUGAUCCUCAUUGCCUUGACGGUGGAGGGCCCGACCAACAUCGUGACCGGUUUCGUGGCUCUCGCCGAUGUCCACGGACCCAUGGUGGGCAUGCUUCUGCUGAUCUUCCCCGGUAUGCUAGCGUUCUGCAUGAUUGCUUCGGAGUUUGCCCUUCUGAAGCGCUCGUCCGUGGUCACCUUGAGCAUCUGCGGCAUCUUCAAGGAAGUGAUCACGAUCAGUGCGGCCGGAGUGGUCUUCCACGACAAGCUCACCCUCAUCAAUAUCUCGGGUCUGGUCAUUACGAUUGCCAGCAUCGGGACCUACAACUACAUGAAGAUCUCCAAGAUGCGAGCCGAAGCUCGAAGCCCUUCGUGGGAACGCAGCCCGGAUUCGGAUCCGGAAACCGAACGCCUGGUCCCUUCGAGGGAACACCGCUACCACGAGGCCGCCGACCCGGAAACCAGCAUGCUUCAUUCUUCACCGACUCUGCAUGUCGAUGAUAACGUGAACAUCACGCCCGCAGAUGAUCUGGCGGGCAGCGAUCGGCGGUCCUUCCGCGUCCGAGCCAGCGGCUCCAACAACAUGCACGGACUCAGCAUUAACACGACGAACCUCAGCGCUGGCGAUCGGCCGUUCUCUCCGCGAGUGUCGGGACCGUCGCCCCUGCGGUCUGCACCUCCUGUGAUCUUCUCCGCGGACUCCGAAUUCCCCGGGCGGCACUUGCAGGCUUCUCCGGAUCGAGCCUCCGAUGAGGAAAGGCACUAG